UCUUGAUAUAAAAACAUUGAUGGUCGAUAAAAUUGCCCUGUGUUGAGGGCCCCGGGGAGAACUGCUCAGGAUUAUAAAGUCACCUCAGACCUCGGUUCACAUUCAGAGACAUGGCUCGACCACGGCCGCGGGAAUACAAGGCAGGAGAUUUGGUUUUCGCUAAGAUGAAGGGAUACCCGCACUGGCCGGCGAGGAUUGAUGAGCUUCCUGAAGGAGCUGUCAAACCACCUGCCAAUAAAUACCCCAUCUUCUUCUUUGGGACCCAUGAGACUGCAUUCUUGGGCCCCAAGGAUCUUCUGCCCUACAAGGAGUACAAAGACAAAUUUGGCAAGUCCAACAAGAGGAAAGGCUUCAAUGAGGGUCUGUGGGAGAUUGAGAACAACCCCAGAGUCAAGUUCACAGGCUAUCAGGCGAUCCAGCAACAGAGUUCAUCAGAAACAGAGGAGGGUGGGAACACUGCUGACGGCAGUAGUGAGGGUGACGAGGGCGACUCUGUUGAGGAGGAAGAUGACAAGGAAAAGCUGAAGGGAGACAAGACGGGGUCCAAACGGAAAAAGACAGCCACCUCCACCAAGAAAUCCUCCAAGCUGUCAAGGAUCUCUUCUGGAGAGGACGACCUGGAGAAAGAUGGGAAAGAUGAUGACCAGAAGAGCGGCUCAGAGGGAGGAGACCCCGACAAUGACAUCAUCCAAAAUACCACCGACAGUAAGAACCAGCUGCUCAUAGAGGAACAUUAAGUGAAGAAAGCAUGAAAGGGAAAUCAUUCUUUGUAGCUCUGAUGUUGGAAAGGUGAAUCCACAACAUGAUUUCGCAUCAGCACCAUCCACUGGCCGCCAUCGCCUCUUCUUCUCUGCUGGACUCCGAAUAUGUUUGUAUGAAAGAUGCACCCAUACUGAUACUGAUCCCAGUCAUCCCGUUGAUACCGGGGUAAAACUGGGCAUUAUGUCAGUUUUUUCAGUACUUCACUUUAAUAUCUCGGGCAGUGUCAUUUAAAGCUUCUUCAAUCAUGAACUCACUAAAAUAGACAGAUUAAGUUUUUUAAUCAAUUUUAUCGAGUGACUCUGAAUCCUUGUUUAUUGUGUUAAAUAGACAUUAAGUAUAGGAUAUUUAAAGGGGCAUUAAGUACUUGAAGACUUUCAUCAUGCUCACUGAAACCAUUAGGAGCUGUGCUAACUUUAACUGUUACAUGUAGCCUUUUUCCACUAGGGUCAUACUAAUCGCCCUGUCAGAAUGAAAAUUCUUUAAAUAGUAAGUAUACCCCUUUCAGAUCCUGUGAAGUGAUGUUUAUUUGUUAAGCAAUUAGUGGGUGGUGUGGGUGGCUCCAUCUCCCCCUUUUAAGUGCUGAUAUGAAGCAAAAUCUCUUGCUUUAUUAAAAAAGUAGUGGUAAAAAAGUAAUAAGUCCAUCUUUUUCAAAAGUUACACUCAAUUCAAUUUCAUUUGAAGGAAAAAAUAUACAUAUCUGCAAGCAUUUGCGAUUUCAGCAUUCUAAUUACUACCAUAAAUGUGUUUUGUUUUAUCUUGAGAACGAGGCUGUAGCAGAAAUGCAGAAAUGUGUUUUCUGUUGGUUAACAGCAACAACAAUGAUACUGAGCUUGCAGAGAAACAUCUAUGAAUUAUGUUUAUAGCAAAGCAGCCCAGAUGGUAGCUAUUUGCCAGCUAGCUAGCCACAGCUCUGCUGCACUGCAACUGUAAUGGGGAUUGUUUAAUGUCAUUUUGCAUUUAUAUAAACAAUUCGAGUUCAGCCAUGGCCCAUCAAGAGUUAAUCUUCACAAAACAAUGUUUGAGAAGUUUUAAAGGAUGAAUAGAAACGUAUAUUAGCAAAAAAUCGGAUGCAGGUUAACCUGUGUAAAUGAAUAGAUGAAUAAAUAUAGAAGAUAUUUUUUCCAGUGACGGUCACACAACCUCUUUAUUUUAGGCUAAUACUAUAUUAGUUAAUUUAAAGAAAUCCAAACUACUAUAUUAACAAAGGAAAUGGAAUAUAUAAAAUAUAAUGUAAAACAGAAUGUUGCAGCUUUAAGUUAACAUGACAACAUGAAGACACUUAAAUAGCUAAGACAAUGAUUAGCUACUUACUGUAGUAAGGCCGACAUGUCAAAUGGUUGGCUUUAUCUUUAUUUUUUCUUAGUCUUCAUAACACACCUGUUCCAAGUAUUUUAAAUUUUAAUCACUUACUCAGCUAAAAUGUCACUGGUAUUUAUCCAUAACUCUGUUACUCCCUACAUGUUUAUGUGCUAAGGAACAGUAAAAAUGAUUACUUAUUGCCUCCUUGAAAAGUGACGUAAGGUGUUUUCACACUUAGUCCCUUUCAGUGAAUAGUCAGUAUUGUGAUUCGCUUCAAGUUUGUGCUGCAGUUCACUUAACCUGUGCAUUGUGAACACAAAUCGCUCCAGGUUCAUGUUGCCUUUUGCCAAUGUAUUUUAGCUGAAGACAAAAUGGACAGAAAACAAUUGGCCUGAACCGUGGCCGCUGGUAACAACAGCAAGAUGGUGGAUCAGGAAAUAACUACUGUACUUCUGUAGAUAUAGAACCAACACACCAAACAGCAACGGUCUACUAAAUUUAGUUUCCACACAUGUCUCCGCAUAUGUAUAAUGCUGCAAUAUCAUAACUGAUCUCAGAACAGUAGAAGCUGAGUCAAAACAGCUUAAACUCCUGCUCCCUUCUGUGCUUGACAAAUUCCAGCCUUUGUUAAUGGGACACCGUCAUGCCCAUGACAAUAACAGAAACGAUAGAUACAACACCCUACUAGUCAAGCUAGCUUCCAGAGAUAAUACCCCACUGCCACUACAAGAGGACAGUAAAUUACAUGAUGAAUGCAAACAGGUAUCAGAUCCUUUAUGGGACAGAACACUGUUUUGAGAUCAGAUGUAAAGAGGCAUAUCACUUCACUUUAGUAUCGUUCUAAUUGAUGUCUCUUUUUAGCUUUAACUGGGCUUUAACUGAGUUAAAUUGAAUACAAUAUACACUGCUUAAACAAAUUAAGGGAACACUUAAAUCAUACAUCGGAUCUUGAUGAACAAAUUAUUCAAGUUGA